ACGUCCCUCCGUCGUCGCAGCGCUCACCAUCCCGCCCCCACCCCGCCAAACUUCCUCCUCCUCCUCUCCCGAUUCCCCAACCCAAGCCCCAACCUCGCCGCCGACCAACUCCUCUCCCCCAACCCCGCCGCUGUCGGCCUCUUCUUCUCCAACCCCGGGCUCCCUCCCAUCGGUGCACCGCUGCCGCCCCCACCCUCUCCCCUUCCCAAGCUGCUCAGGCGGCGCCCAAAUCCGCCACCGCCGUCCUCUACAACCACGCCCAUGCAGCGGCAGAUGAAGGAGGAGUUAGGGGCGGAGCGGUGGGGCCCUUCGUCCGCCUCCGCGGUCCAUGGCGUCUGCGUGCUAUUCCUCCGCCUCUACCUCGCCGACCUCGCCGCCUCGGUCGCCGUCGCGUCCGCCACCGACCAGAGGAACGACACCGGCGGCCUACCUGGGCGAAUCCAUCUUCGACAGCAGGUGGUCCCCUCCUCGCUGGUGGAGAUCGCCCCCAUCCUUCGCGUCGCAAACGAGCGCUGUGCUAGGUCGGUUCUACGCCUUCGAGAAGGCCCAUUGCCUCGACCACAACUCCAGCAUCGCUGGAGUUCACCUUGUCGGCCGACGACUACAGGCUCAUGGAGGAGGUCUGCUUCGGCGCCAACGAUGUCGUGUACCGCGCCAUCUUCCUCCCGGCCAACCGGACCAUCAUCGUCAAGUGCCUUCAUCUUGAUCGGCUCAACAGUAACCUGCCGCUGGCCUUGUCCUCCUCGAGGAGGAGGAGCAGGAGGGGCGCACCCAGCCACCACGGUCGCCGCCGUUAAGUGCUUCUUCCACCUGGAGCUCGAAAUCCACGACGCCGUCGUCCAGCCACCCAAGGUGAAGGUGACCCCAACUCCCCUCCGUCCAGCCCGAAACGGAAUCACAUGGUGGGAGCGGAAACAGAAUUGUUGGGUGGUUGGUUGGUAUCUAUACUUUGGUUAAUUAGUUAGCAUGCUUUCUCAGUCUGUUUGCCGGCAUGCAAAAGAUGCAUGCACAUGUACCUACAUACCAGAUUAGACCAUCUAUAUAGUCUCUAGCCAUGUUGAUAAGAUUUUUUUUAUGAAAGAAAUCAAGUCAGAUAAUAUACGUACAAUUAUUAUGCACAUACGUAUGGUGACUGCUGAUUGAUUAUUUUUGUGUUCUUGUGAAUCCCAUCUUUAUUGACUAGCAGCACUCACACUUCGUAUUACAAAUCCGUCAUGCAUACAAUCCAAUUAUAUCAACAU